AAUGCAGAUUUACAAAUAGGAGAAUAUACUUUACCGAAAGGAGCUGAAGUUUUAAUAACAAUAUUAGACAUGCAUCGCAAUGAAAAGUAUUGGCCGAAAGCGUUGAUAUUCGAUCCAGACAGAUUUCUUCCGCAGAAUAUUGCAACUAUUCAUCCAAAUAGUUAUAUACCGUUUAGUUACGGUCCAAGGAACUGUUUAGGUAUAAAGUAUGCAAUGUUUUCUAUGAAAAUCUUCAUAGCAACAUUUUUGCGAACAUACAUAUUAAAGAUCGAUAAGAUGGUUAAAAUAGAAGAAAUAGAAGUGAAGCUAGCUGUUGUGUUAGAGCCCGUCAAUUCUUUGAAAGUCAGAAUUGAAAAAAGGAUGUGACAAUAUAACAUUAUAAUAAUAUACUAACAGAGGAAAUGGAUAUUUUUAUUAAUAUAAUUAGUGUAGGAAACAUUUAUUGUUACUUUUAACUUAAUUUGUACGUUUUGUAUAGAAUACUAUAAUAUAUGUAAUCAAGGCAAAAUUAAUAAUAUGUAUAAUAAAGACAAAAAUUUGUCUUCUUUAAAGGGAGAUAUAUUUUCCGAAUUUUAAACUUUAUUUUUUAUUUUUAAGAACUAACCUAUUUGCAAUAUGUACCACAAGACUUUCCAAAGUGUUACAACUAGUUGCCAGGAAAAUAAUUAUUUAAAUUAGUUCUACGACAAAGAUAAAAAUUUGUCUUUUUUAAAGGAAGAUAUGUUUUUUAAAUUUCAGCAACUCCAUCUACCACAAUGAUAAAUCACAUAAUAAACGUAUUUGAAUUGUGAUAUACCGAUAUAUCAUUUAUAAUUUGCCGUAUAUUUAUCAUUACGAUAAAUAUAAAUAAAUAACAAAUUAAAAUAAUUAAUUUAUAGUAUUAUGUAUAACAUUACAAACCAUCGGCGCAACAAAAAUUUAAAGACUAAAUAGUUGCUUUAUAUAUAACUGACUAGUUAGGUUAACAUAUAUAGCGCGAAAGAUUAAUAUAAAAAAACGAAGUUUAUUCUUGAUACAGUGUGCGAACUAAAAUGAAAAUGGAAGAAUCAUCAACUUGCAAUAUAACUUAGAUAAGAGAAUAAUGUAGUGUGUAUAUAGAGUUUCUUAGAACAAUCGUGCUAACGCUUUUGAGAACGUAGAAUAAAUUGAGGUAAUCAAAAAAUUCUAAUAUCAUUUUGUUAUAUUCAUAAUAAAAAGAGAAAAAGGCUUUUAACGCAAGUGUAAGCGAUUUAAAAGUGAAAAACUACCAGAACAACCAGAAGAAUGCAAGUGCUUGGAACGGGUACUCCAAAUUGGAACAACUCCAAAUAAAUAUUGCAUAAUUUGAUGGAUAAAACUUUUUUGAAACUAAAAUGUAAUUUUAUCAUCAAACAUACAUUGUUUUGUUAACUAUGUCUUAUUAAUGAUUUUCUGGUUUUCUUGUUCUAUUUAUUUAUAUAG